AUGGCCUCUAUCUCUGCCAGCUCAGUACCACCUUCUGGGAUUUGGUGCCCAGCUGUGACAUUCUUCAAUCCUGUCACGGAGGACCUCGAUCUCGAAGCGCAGUCCAAGUAUUACGAGUACCUGAGUACGACCGGUCUCGCCGGCCUUGUCAUUCUCGGCACGAAUGCCGAAGCCUUUCUCUUGACGAGAGAAGAACGAUUCCAGCUCAUCCAAAUAGCGCGGGCGGCGACCGGGCCGAACUUUCCCAUCAUGGCCGGUGUUGGAUCCCACUCAACGCGUCAGGUAUUGCAGUUGAUAGACGACGCAGCUCAAGCCGGGGCCAACUAUGCCCUGCUUCUUCCUGCAGCCUACUUCGGAAAAGCAACCACGCCAGCGGUUAUUGUGGACUUUUACGACCAAGUUGCUCGAGAGUCUCUUCUGCCUAUUGUCAUAUACAAUUUUCCUGGAGUUUGCAAUGGAGUCGAUCUGGACUCGGAGCUGAUCACCAAAAUCGUCAAGCGGAAUCCGGGAAAGAUCGUGGGCGUCAAACUGACCUGCGGCAGCGUAGCCAAAAUCGUUCGCCUGGCAGCGAGUUUCCCUUCUUGUGACUUUGCUACGUUCGGUGGCCAGUCGGAUUUCUUACUCGGUGGUCUUGGAGUCGGCUCGAGUGGGUGUAUCGCCGCGUUUGCGAAUGUGUUUCCCAAAACCAUUUGUCGAAUACAUCAGCUCUACAGUCACGGCAGGAUUCGUGAAGCUCUGAAGCUACACCAGAGGGCGGCUUUGGCGGAAAGCCCAAUCAAGUCCGGGAUCGCUGCCACCAAAUACGCCGUGGCUACAUACUCGGCGCCGGCGGCGGGGAUCACAGAAUGUGAAGAAAAGCUCUUGCCUCGACGCCCAUACCAAAAACCCAGCGAAGAGGUCAAAGCUGGAGUUCGUGCGGCAAUGGACUCACUUGCGAACAUCGAAAGGUCGCUAGUUUCGACGUCACCUAGUCCCAAACUCUGA